AUGGCGGCCGAGCAAACAGCCAAGUCGAGCGUGCUGCGGCCGGACGCGCUGACCGAUUGCGCCAAGAUUGCCGCCAUCGGCUGCCUGGUCCGCUCCGAGGUGGCGGCGCAGAAACUGUGUCGAUUCAGGGACGGCGCCAGCUACCCGCCGGCCCAGUUUGACCUGGUGACCUGCACGUGGUGUUACGCGUACUCCGGUCACGACUGGUUCCUGCCGGGCCGCCGCCUGCUGCUGGGGCGGCGUCGCUGGCAGGUCAAUGGGUCGGCCUCGGUUAUAUACUACCUGCACACAGCGAAUGGCAGUACGGCGCUGCUCGCCAACCUCUCCGACCCGGCGGCGGUCGACGCCAUCGCCCGCACCUUCGCCGAGCCGCACUUCGCCGCCAAAUGGGCCGAGUGCUGCCGCAGCUCGCAACAGUGCUGCCGCAACGUCCUGCAGAGAGCAGCGGCUGGUGCUGCCGACCGCGGUCAGCACUGUCCGGCUACGGAAGACGCCUGGCUGUGCUGGAACGAAACGCGGCCCGGCACCACCGUCUACCAGCCGUGCCCCGACUACAUAUACACCCACCGGCGGCCGUCCUGCCGAGUGUUCGCCAAGAAGGAGUGUACGGCGAACGGCACGUGGGCGGGAUCCGCGCCCCACGGCGAGUACACCGACUACGGCGACUGCACCAACACCUGGCACGGACUCGUACGCCAGUACAUCAACAUCGCCUGCAACGUGGUGUCGAUGCUGGUCCUGCUGCCGGCCGUGGUGCUGACCGCCAUCAUCCGGAGUCUGCACUCGGGCCAGUUCCUGCUGCACGGCUCUCUGAUGGCGGCGCUGCUCGUGCGCUGCGUGAUGGUCGUCUGGCGGGCGGUGGUGCUGAACCUCUCCCACCUGACGGGGGCGGUGGACGGGACGGACGGCGGCAUCGGCUGCCGCCUGCUGCAGGCGCUCUACAAGUACGCCGUGCUCAGCUCCUGGACCUGGAUGCUGACCGUCGGGCUGGGCCUGCACCACUCGGUCGCCCGGCCCUUCGCCAAGCCCUUCAAAACCUACGUGUUCUGCACGCUGGGAUGGGGCGUUCCAGCACUGUUCGUCGGCGGCUGGGCAGCGGCCAAGGCGCUGCUCGAGGACGAACUCUGCUGGAUGCUGAACGUGCACCACCUGGUCUGGAUCCUCGACGCCCCGAAACUCGCUUGCCUUUUGCUUAAUUUGGUAUUCAUGGUGAACGUGCUACGCAUUCUCAACACCAAACUGCAGUCUUCAGAGGGUAGGAGACGGUCGUUCCGCGCUCUGGCCAUGCUGGUGCCGCUGUUCGGCCUGCAGUUCCUGGUGACAGCACUCCCGCCCAAGGAAGACGUCGACUGCGCCGCCGAGCAGGCCUACUACAUCGCCAGCUACCUCAUCAGCGGCCUUCAGGGCGCCGUCGUCGCCUGCAUAUACUUCUACACAAACGCUGAGGUGCGGACGCAGCUGCGGCGUCAGUACCGAGUGCUGCAGGCUCGGAGCGGGUUGGGCGGCCGGGCGCCCAGCCGGCGCCGCACGCUCAGCACCGAGGCGCCCAGCAGUGUGGCGCUGCCGCGACGUCACCAGGUGACAGACGCCGGCGAGCCGACCGAGGCCCAGCAGCUGACCGUCACCUCGCUGCUGGGCAGCGAGCCGACCGAGGGCCAGCAGCUGACCUUCACCUCGCUGCUGGGCAGCGAGCCGACCGAGGCCCAGCACCUGACCUUCACCUCGCUGCCGGAUGGCGGCGGCGGCGGCGCGACGCCGCACACAGAGGCUUUGUUGGAGGCUUGA